CAUCCACCUUUCGCUCCUUCCUACUAUACCACACUCACAAUGGCUUCCUACGGUCUACCUUAUAUCGCAGAUGCUGGGAUCUUGCCAGCAACUCUCCCAACAGUGGAUGACAUCGGGUCUGCCGAAGAGAUCCUCAGCGACACAACCGGACGCAAGGUUGUAGGCGUUGGCAUUCACUUCGUGGUCAAAUAUGGGAUCCAGGUCGACCCUCUUGAGGGGCAGACGAUGCUAUUUCUAGCGCAGUCAACUCUGGUUCCUAUCCCGCAGGUUUACGCGAUAUUUCAAACCGAACAAAAUAUCACCUAUAUUGUUAUGGAACGCAUUCAGGGAUCGAGCCUAGAUGCAGAGUGGCCUCACAUGGACUCCACUUCUAAGAAAGCUGUUACAUCUCAGCUUCAAAGUAUCCUUGGAGAGAUGCGAAAGCUGCCUUCACCUGGAGGAUACUGCAGCGUCGGCCGCCAAGGACUACCAGAUAAUCUCUUCUGGACAGACAAUCCAGCAAACCCAUAUUCUGGACCCUUCAACGCAGAAGCAGAUCUUAACAAUGCCCUUAUUCUCAAAUACAAAGAGCAGGGUCUUUCAAGGUACAAGACAAGCUACUACACUCGCACGUUUGCUGAGGUUUUUGAGGGCCACAAGCCCACCUUCUCGCACGCAGACUUUCAGCGGAAGAACAUUCUUGUGCGCAACCCAGCAGCACAGACGGACAGCUUGCACCAGGCAGACAUCGCGCACUCUGAGUUAGUGAUCAUAGACUGGGAGUUUGCCGGCUGGUAUCCAAGCUACUGGGAGUAUGCCCGGGCUAUCUUUGCUUGCGGUCGAUGGGACGAUGACUGGAGCGACUGGGUGGACGAGAUGCUAGAGCCUUACCGGAAUGAAUAUGCUUGGCUGGGGAUCCUAAUCAGGGAAAUGUGGUCGUGAUCCAUGUGUUCUCGAGACCUUCUACUACGCUCUCAGGUCGGUCAUGUGAGCAAGGUGGAAUACUGCAUCAUGGGUGUCGCCUAUUGGCCGCUUCUGGAAUUGGUAUGCUAGACGCCAGUUAGGAAGUUUGGUCUUGGUAAGCGCAAUGAAGACGCAGAGGCGAUGAUGAGAUUGAGUGGUUGUUUUCACGACACUGUCGUAUUGCAAGCAUUUGGCGCGGCGUUUGGGCUCUCUUAGUUUGACUUAGGUGGUUAACAAUGUAUG